AUGAGGAGUGGAAGUGAUGUAAACGUAUAUCUGUUUUAUAGAUACGAUUCAUUUGGCUCUCUGACUGAUCCGAUCACCCAAACAACCUAUUAUUCAAACGAGACAUCAAUCAUAUCGCGUUCAUUCAUCUCCCGGUCAUUGAUAAUCAAAUGGCAACAAUGCUGUGCAGAUGCAAUGCAUUGCUGUGAAGAAUCGCUUCAAUACGGUGUGCAGAGACCGGGUGUGUGUCCGCGCACUUGGGAUGGCUGGUCGUGUUGGCCCGACGACGUGCAGCCCUCGCACAUCAUGAGACAGCCCUGUCCUAAACAUAUCUAUUGGCACCAAAUAGUGCCUCCCUGUAGGGGAUACACUACAAAGGAGUGCACUUCAGAUGGACUUUGGUUUAAUAUAACGGACAAAGAAUGGAGCAAUUAUUCCAUGUGUGCUCGCGAUGAUAUAUAUGUGGGACGGAUUCGGUACUCAAUUGUCACAAAUGUCAUAUCGAUGUGUACUCUAAUUCCAGCACUACUUAUAUUCAGUCACUAUAAUGCAUUAUUAGGUCUGUUAGCGUUACCCAAGAGACACCGACACGGAGGUAGACCUUUGUCUCACUGUUGCACUAUAUGA